AUGGUGAAGAUGCUGGAGUCAUCUGUUCUGCUGAGGUUGGUGAAUGGUAACACACCAUGCUCUGGUAGAGUGGAGAUCCUCCAUAACAACCAGUGGGGAACAGUGUGUGAUGAUGGUUGGGAUGUAAACGAUGCCAAGGUGGUCUGCCGACAGCUGAGAUGUGGCCCCGUCCAGUCGGCAACUAGUUCUGCCUCCUUUGGACCAGGCACCGGACAGAUCUGGAUGGAUGAUGUUGCCUGUACAGGCAGCGAGUCUUUUUUAUCAGAAUGUCAACAUCGAGGGUUUGGCACUCAUAACUGCCAACAUGGUGAAGAUGCUGGAGUCAUCUGUUCUGGUUAGUGACAUUUAGUUGUGUCAAAUGUGAAGUUCACAGCGACGGUGAGGUUGGUUAAUGGUAACACACCAUGCUCUGGUAGAGUGGAGAUCCUCCAUAACAACCAGUGGGGAACAGUUUGUGAUGAUGAUUGGGACAUAGACGACGCCAGGGUGGUCUGCCGACAGCUGAGAUGUGGCCCCGUCCAGUAUGCAACUAGUUCUGCCUCCUUUGGACAAGGCACCGGACAGAUCUGGAUGGAUGAUGUUGCCUGUACAGGCAGCGAGUCUUUGCUAUCAGAAUGUCGACAUCCAGGGUUUGGCACUCAUAACUGUGGCCAUGGUGAAGAUGCUGGAGUCAUCUGUUCUGAUGAUCUUAGUGGUUUUCCAGAGCCGGAGUUGGUGUGUGGACAGGAUCACCUGCGUCUGACAGUCCAGAAGAGGCUGUUGGAGGAACCAGCAGGUCGACCAGCAGGAGGCGAUGUGGUACCUGGUGCAGCGAAGGAAGGGUAUCUGUGGAAACAUGGUAGAGAUACCCUUCCUUCGCUGCACCAGGUACCACAUCGCCUCCUGCUGGUCGACCUGCUGGUGGCAGCGCGGGUCGAUCAGGUGAGCGGAGGAGGGGUUCAGCCCUCGUUCCUCCAACAGCCUCUUCUGGACUGUCAGACGCAGUGCCCAGUGUGUCCAGUGUGUCCUGUGUUCUGUCUGGACGCUGAUGAUGCCGAGCCUCAGCUGGAGGAGAAGGAGGGGCAGGACGAGUACUCCCAGCUGCAGAUGCCCGUGUGA